AUGGCCAUCACUCCCUCCACGAAUGCCUAUCCUAAGGUGGCCUUCAUCGGGCUCGGAGCCAUGGGCUUCGCCAUGUCGACACAUCUCGUGCGAACAGGAUUCCCAGUGGUAGGGUACGACAUAUACGGCCCGACCUUGGAUCGAUGGCAAUCGACGUGUAACGAGAUACCCGGUUCCAAAGCAACCACCGCUAAGUCCCCGGCCGAAGCAGUCCGGGGCGUCUCAGUGGUGUGUCUAAUGGUUGCAAAUCACCACCAUGUCCACUCCGCGCUAUUUGAUGAGAAAGUCGGAGCUGUCCAUGCCCUGCCUAAGGACUGUACUGUUAUAAUUCAUGCCACGAUCCCGCCAACGGAGCCAUCAUCCGUCCGCGUGAGACUUACCGAGGACUUCCAGCGUGCUGACGUAAAGUUGAUUGAUGCGCCAGUGUCUGGUGGAGCGGCACGAUCCAUUAAUGGCACGUUGACAAUAAUGGCGGCCUCUGACAGUCCCAAGAACAUCGAGCAAGCUGACGCAAGGGCUGUUCUCGAUAACGUGGCCAGCAAGGGCAAGACGCUAUUCAUCAUUCCUGGCUCUCUGGGUGCUGGCCAAUCUGCCAAAGCGCUCAACCAAGUUCAGGCAGGCAUCCAUAUUCCCUCCGCAUCGGAGAUCAUGGGCUUGGCCGCCAUCCACGGUGUCGACACGCAAAAGUUCUACGACUACAUCGUCUCGAAAGACACGUCAGGCAAAAAUCCGGUGGGCUGGAGCUGGAUGCUGGACAACCGCGGACCCAGAAUGCUAAGUUCGACCCCGCCCAUGGCAUCUGCAACCCUUAUUAUCAACAAGGAUGUUGGUAUCAUCCGGGACGAAGAGAGUAGGCUCAACGUCGAGUUACCGCUCUUGAAUUGUUCGAGUGACGUUCUCAAAGACGUUAUGCAGACCCAUGCUACGGCAGACGACAGCUGCAUCGUACAAUAUUAUCUUGGCUUCGGAUCUGACAGGGAGAACCUGGUCGUUGAAUUGGCCGGCAAGCCUACCGUCUCGGCCAGCGAGCAAGACAUCCUGAUCCAGGACUUGGCUACUGCACAUGGAAUUAUCCAUCUCGUUUCCGCGUUCGAGACAAUCAGCUUUGCACAAGCUCUCGAUCUCAUGCGCCCGGAGCAACGAAAACAAUGGUUCACCUUGAUCGCCGGUGCCGCGGGUGGCAGUACCAUCUUCUCAGAAGUCAUUCCGAGAGCGUUUGAUGAUGUGGAUGGCAUUGAGGCGGCGUUUAAGAAAUAUGCCAAGGAGAAAUUUGGAGGGUCUUCAGACAAGGUGCUAUCUCUCAUCAAGAAUGCUAAGAGCCAGGGCUAUGAACCCCGAAUCCUCGAGGCCGCGAUGAGUCAUUUCCAGAACUUCAUUAAGGCGUAG